AUGGCAAACCCUGCUACUCUUUUGUUUGUUGGUGUCGGUACAUAUACAGGCUUUCUUUGGUUGACGAGAAUGCGCGAUAGAGACAUGAUGUAUCUGAAUCGUAUUGCUAAACAACUCGAAGCUGAGAGGAGGAUGAUGGAGAUGCAGCAACUCUCUGACGCACGACUGAGUUUGAGAAGCUCAUCACUCAGGUGA